CGGAAGUUGACAAGGCAUUUGCUUGGUUACGGUCCAGCUAAAAUCAGGAAGUUGGGAGGAGCAACUCUGACAGUUUAAAAAGAAAAAUUGGAUAUUCGGACAUAGUAAAGAUGGGGAACCAGCAGGCUAUCCUGAGUGACAUUGACAUCCAUGAGCUGAAGGACACCACUCCUUUCUCGGACAGUGACCUCAAGACACUCGAACAGCGUUAUCAUGCACUCGACCCAUCACCGGAUGCCACUGACGGAAUCCCGUACGAUAAAAUGAUUCUGCUUCCGGAGUUCCGAGGCAAUGAGUUGUGUCCUCUUGUCGUCGCGGCAAAUUUAGACGGACGGUCAGGACGAGUUUAUGCCAAGCAGUUCGUUCAGAUCUUUGGAAUUCUUAGCCCGAAAGCAAACCCCGAGGAAAAGAAAGAGUUUUUGUUUGAGCUUUUCAACAUUUACGGGGCAAACAUUCUAACACACGACGAGAUGUACCGGUUUUUUAAGACGCUGUUUGACAGGGCCUUUAGUGACGACCACAUCUUGGCGCUGACAUACCGAGCUCUCAACAACAACUCGUUGAAGAAAAAGGGGGAGGUAACGAAGGCUGAGUUUGUAAAACUGAUUCCAGAUCAUGAAAUAAUCAACAGGAUGUCCAUAGAAUUGCUACUAUGAUGAAUAUGGUUGAACAAAAUUAGCAAGGGACUUGUCCUGUUGUGAGCUUAUAAACAAACAUUCGCUUAUGAUUGUUUCUGUCUGAAUGGAAGACUCAAGAGACAAAUAGUUUGGAGCCAUUCGAUGAUCGUCAUUGAGCAGUCAUCAAUGCGUCAAACAAUUUACAAGCUCUAAAUGACACAAGCGUCAAAUGAUCUAUAUUCACGACGCAAGUCACCACGCGUCGUGAUCACAUAGGCGUCAAACAAAUGUUUAACCAAGCCACAUGUGAUGUAAUGAUGAAAUCCACUCGACGUUAAGUGGUCGUAAGCGUCAAAUUAUUAAUCCAACUCCAAUUGAUACACCAAGCGUCACCAACAGUUUAUCAAGCGUCUCUAUGCGUCAUGUAUCAAAUGAAUAGCGAGUGUUACAUUUGGGGAUCAGCUGAGGAGGUCAUCGAUUCCAGAGAGACUGUAAAAAAUUCUGACUGUGUGGAUGCUGGGAUCAUGUGUUACUUUUCUACUCAUGUAUCCGGAUAGAAAAUGAUAUUUCAAAUAAAAAAUAAACAUCUUUUACAGCGUUUACAUCAAAGUUACUCUCACUCAUUACUACUGAAACAAAAGUGAACGGUUUGAGCAUAUUGUGUUAAUAGACCCCAUAGACCACAUAUAUUUAUAUUCUUUAUGCAUUUAUAGAAAAAAGUAAUUUUACAAGUUACACGAGUUGAUUAAGAGUGGUCUUUCUUGAUUCGGAAUAAAGACAGGUAACUGAUGAAAGAGUCAUUUAAAGAUUCGCUAAAAAUCUGAAAAUUUCAGAUUCAAGAAAUCUUUUUUGUUAAACAGAUUCAUGAACAUCUCUUCAAAAG